AUGCCAGAAGAUAGGGACGUCGAUAUGGAUGCACCGCAAAUAUCUACUCUCCGUGAGGAGGACACACCAGAGCCGCAGCCAGCGCGUACCUCGAAGUUCAGGGUCAAGCUGUUGGUCAAUGACGGGAAGCGGUCUGGUUCGUCGGGGAGUGGUCCCCAGCAACAAGUCGCUGCAGGGAGCGACGAGGAGGAUGAAGAGGAGGAUGAAGAGGACCAGCUCAUUGACGAUGACGAUGACGACCUGAAACCACCUCGCCGUGCACCUAUUGUGCCUCAGCUAAUCCCUAGUAUGAGUAUGAGAGGCUCACCAGCUCGACGAGGCAGGGGCAGGGGCGGAAGACGAAAAGCUACUCGAGCGGGUGCGCCCUCACGAAACUAUGACUUUGCAUCUUUUGAGGUUGCCCUGCCAGAGCACAAUGUCCCCCCGACCAUGUCGGGCUUGCAUUCGGACAUUAUGGAUGUCACAAUGCUUCCGGGCGGUGCAUCUACCAUGGCUCCUCAACCCACGAGAAGAGGGAGAGGUGGCCCUGGAUCCAGAGGUGGUGGACAACGGGCUAUCAGGAAGCGGCCCUCAAAAGUAGCUAAAACAGUGGCACCUGUACCCAGAGACGAGAUUGAGAGCGUCAUGGGCUUGCCAGAAGGCUACCCUCCUACAGCGACCUCGUCACCUCUGCUGAUGCCUUAUGACGAACGCACUCCAGAACUUGAGAUCCUUGGUCAGCCUACAAUGUCAACAUUGAAUAUUGAAGACGGUACGCUAGAAGGCGUUCCGCUGCCCAUUUACCCUCUCCCUUCGAAACCAUUUCCUGUACAACCACCUGCCAAGAUUGGUACUGGCUUCGCAUCGUCGACGUCUCUCGACAAAAGCGGCAAACCUGUAAGACGCUGGCGACAAGUCAAUCGCGAAGUACGGGGCAUUGCCGGCGGUCGCUGGUUCACGCGAACGUGGGUCGGCGAGAAGGAGUCCGAAUUUGCUUCAGCCCAAGCUGCCGCAUCGCAGGCUUUCGCCCAAGCUGCUGCUGAACGCGAGGCGGCAUCGGCCGCUGCAUCGGCCGCCGCGUUGGCUGCCGCUGGCAUUACUUUACCCCCUAAACUUGCAGCCAUAUCUGCGCCUACAACCAUGCCCGCUACUGCUUCUGGCAAAGGUGCCAAGAGUAGAGCCAGCAAGGCGGAAGCAGCAGCUUCAAACGUCCCGUCACGUUCGGAUUCCAUGAUGCCCGAGAGCGCCUCUGCCCACCGACCGAAGAAGCGCGGCAGUGCAGCAGCAAGACAACCUGCAGACAUCUCAGCCGACCCCCUUCCAGCUUCUUAG